AUGGCCGAGACCGAGGAGCGGAGCCUGGACGAAUUCUUCGCCAAGCGGACAAAGAAGAAGCGGAAGGAAAAGAGCAGCCGCAGCGCCGCGCCGCCCGCCUCCAGCAGCUUUCCAAUCUGCCGCCUCCCAAACGCCGCGGGCGCGGCCGCGGGGACCCCCCGCCCUGCUGAGGGCGGCGGCUCUGGGCCAGCGCCGCCUUCCAGCGCCGCCCGGCCGGCUCCUCGGACCAAGGCGGCGAGCAAGGAAGAGGAUGAUUGGAAGGAGUUUGAGCAAAAGGAAGAAAUUGAUUAUAGUGGUCUUAGAGUUCAAUCCAUGCAAAUAAGUGAAAAGGAAGAUGACGAAAGUGAAAAAAGAGAAGAACCUGGUGACAAUUGGGAAGAGACUGGUGGUGGUGGUGUAGAUAGAUCAUCUGGUCCUUGGAACAAGUCAGCUCCUGCACCAGCACCUGUCAUUGAACCAAUUGUUACAGAAGCUCCAGAACCAGUUCAGACUGGUGGUGUAUACAGGCCGCCCGGUGCCCGGGAGGGUGGCAGGCCACGGAGAGCACAGCAAGGACCACCAGAAAUCUAUAGUGAUACGCAGUUCCCAUCACUGCAGUCCACUGCCAAGCUCGUAGACAGUCGAAAGGAUAAAGAAAUGGAGAAGAGCUUUGAAGUAGUAAAAUACAAAACUAGAGGUAGGGAUGAGGUGUCAAAAAACCAGGCACCUAAACUUCAGCUAGACAACCAGUAUGCUGUGCUUGGGGAUCAGUAGAGCUGCACACACAUUACAAUUAAGGAAUGCAUUUUUGGUAACCCUUCUACUAAGGUAACUAAACUACAGCUAACAGCUAUGAUGAACAUGCCACCUUAUUUCUGCUGGAUCUACUGCAGCGAGUGCAGACUACUUUGACAUACUGAGCCUUCGUAAAGGUUGACUACCUCAGACUUGCUGCACUCAUUGUGGACACCAUGUGGAUCACAACUUCUGGAAGAGAAGGUUACAGCUGUUUUAGUGGCCAUCUGAAACUUGAAACCAGCUCUACUGGAUUCCUGUCAGAAAUCCUGCAGAAGUCAGCCAUUUGGUUCCAAUUUGCUAUAACAAAGAUUUAAGUGACCUUAAUGACAAACCUGUUUGUUCCCCUUCUGAGGAAUCCUGUCAUGUGUAGCCAUAGCCUACUAGAGACUUCUGGAGCAUACCAUACCACUCAUACUAUCCACGUAUAACAGAGCUGUAGUUUGUUUACCUUUUUAGACAGCUGUACAGAAGUAACUGCAAAACAAAUUAAAACUCAUUCAGUAUCAGAUUUGAGGAAUGAUGGGUUUGAAUGGUCUGUUUGCAUUAGCCAUUUUCACAGUUGUCUGUUUAAGCAUUUUUUUUUUUCUAUUAUCCACAAAAAAAAAAGCCUGCUCUGUUUCUGGUAUCAAUUUGCAGUAUAUUUAAACAAUGAUAAGAUGUUGUAGUGAAAUAGGGUUUAUUUUGGUUUUUGUCAUGAAGUUUAUCUUUCUCACCUUAAAGCAUUGAGAGUUUUUGAUUUGACACAGAAGUAUCUGGACUCCAACUACAGGCUUCAGAAUUUGUCCUUUAAAAUGAGAUACAUGGCAGUAGCGAUGCUACAUAAAAACUGUCUUCUAUCAAAAAUAAUUAUUUGUUGAAGAGUUGAUGAUUACUUGGUAACCAAAAUAAUUUAGUACGCAGAGGGAUAACUAAAGCUGGUAAGCCUGAUUUGUUUGGCUACUUCUGUGAAGCAUGCAGGUUCUCUGAGGCAGAAAUCCUCUAAGUAUGAUUCAUAAAUGGUGUUUAUUCACAGUCAGAAAGUUUAGUAAUAAUGGAAGGCAUUGACUUCCUUAAGUUACUUAAUUCAGUGGAAGAAGGCAAAAUGGCACUGAUACACUAAGAAUAUAGGACGUUGCCUGUAAUUCUGUUUUGAUGAACCAAACCUGUCAAGUACCAAAAGUGUUCUGCUGUAACUGUUUUUCUCUUCUCUGAAUUCUUAAACCAGAAGCAAAAUGAAGUACAAUAGUGGUGUGCUCCAGUGUUGAGAUUUUUCAGAGUAAAUGCCAAAAAAUAGACUCAAGACCCCAGGAGUUGCCAAUGGCAAGAAAAACAAGGGAACAAAACAAAGUUUGCUUACGUGUGUGGGAGUACUGUGUAUGUGCAGAAAAUGAGGAUAGUGCAGGAAUCACCUAGUUGGGUUCCCUUUGACUAACUGCUGACUUGCUUUAAAACUACUUUUCUGAGGCCAUUGUGGAUUUUGCUGUUGACUUCAGUGGGGCUGGGGUUUCACCUGUUCUUUUUGUGCACGGACUAAAACUGGCCUUGCCCUUGCAGAGUUCACUGUCUCUAAAACUUCUGCUAGAAGCUGCUAUUAAAGAGUGGGCUCAAGAGACUAUUCUUAAAGUUGGAGACUUCAUUUGGAAACAAAACCCCGCUGAAAGACUGAUACCUUGGACUCUGAGCUGCGUAUCUUCCUUGAAAAACCAUUGUUGCCAGCCAAACUGUUGUCACAAUUUCUGUGGAAUUCAUGGUAAAUGGACACAUCUCUUGAUGGGGUAGAAAUGUGAAGUCUUAAAACACUUUUCCUGAUGAUCUAAA